GAUGAUUAAUGGUACAUUUGAGGAAAUUGUUCCGAGUUCCAAUCCAAACUCCCCAACUGGAAUAGAGACUAUCAGCUCAUACCUCAGGAAGGACUACGAAGAAGACUUUACACCUAUCCAGUGCUCCCCACACUACCCGGGAGUGAAAGCAGAGCACCAAGGAUUACUUAUUGAUGAGGAAAUGAUUUUUAUAAAUAAAGCAAUGGAGAAUCAUCUACCCACUGUGGAUACUCUCUUGAGCAGGCUAAAGCUCUAUCUGGUUAAGGAUCCACUUUCAGAUUUCCAAGAACAGCUCUCUGGAAAGGCUGACUUCACGGAGUGUUUCUCUGUUCAAGAACGUUCGGAACCUUUUGUGAGAGAUUUCCAUAUGGCGGAAGAGACCUUUUGUAAGAAGAAACUACCCCCAGUUUUUCCUUCUGAGUUUGAAUUCUUAAUGUCUACUAUCCCCAAACAAGAAAUUCCUACUCUACCACUAUCAGAACUGAAGGAAUCAUUAAACUCAAUGCCGGACAUAAUGGAUUAUGUAGAAGAAAAUGUCUGUUUCCUUUCAGAUCUUUCUACCAAGCAUGAAUUUGAUACUGAGGAUAUGAAAUGCAACUCCACAGAGAUCUUACCUAUUGCAAACCCAUGUGAACCAGAGUGCAGUGAACCAGGAGAAUUAGAAAUGCCACUAACCAAUCUAAGCUUACCAAGGCAACAUUCUCCAGUGAGUUCAUUAUGUGCAGGAUUUCAGGCAUUUCCAUUUUCUGCUGUGUGUAAAAUUAAUUUGCUUAGUGCUGGAGAAUCAGCUCACAAAUAUUGUAUGCUGUGGCAAUUGGGAAACUGCAGAAACUCUUGGGUCUCAUUCUUGCUUACAGUUCCAAGAUGUCAAGAGCCCAGCAGUCAAUAUUCUCUUGCAGAUAUGAGGAAUAUCUUUUCUAUCAAAGGAGACAGCCUUGUGAUUAACCCUGCAAAAACAAAGAGGUGGAGACAAGCAAGACUAAAUCCAAUAGUGGCCGACGCCUUGGAGCAUCUGAAAGCGUAUUUGUGUCACCGUGGUCUGUCUUCUCAGGAGACUAAGUUGGAGGUCUUCCUGCCUACAAAAGUGCUUCAGCUGGACCCCUGGUUAGAACAUCAGAAUUGUCCCUUGCCCAUCAUGCCUAUGAGUGCGAAAUCUACCAGUGUUCCCAGAUUAUGUCCACAGAAGAGACCAUUUUCAGAAAAAGAAGUGCUGCAUCUUUGUUUGUCUGAUGAAUGUGUCUCUGUUAAAAAAUCAAAAAAGGAAGAAAAUCCAAAGAAUGACCAAGAACUAGCUGCUAGAAUAAUGCAGAAGACAGACAACAGUCAUAUUGGAUUUGAUAUGUCUGAUGAAUGUAUCUCUGUUAAAAAACCAGAAAAGGAAGAAAAUCCAAAAAAUAAUCAAGAACUAGCUGUUGGAAUAAUGCAGAAGAUAGACAACAGUCAUAUUGGAUUUGAUAUGUCUGAUGAAUGUGUCUCUGUCAAAAAACCAGAAAAGGAAGAAAAUCCAAAGAAUGACCAAGAACUAGCUGUUGGAAUAAUGCAGAAGAUAGACAACAGUCAUAUUGGAUUUGAUAUGUCUGAUGAAUGUGUCUCUGUUAAAAAACCAGAAAAGGAAGAAAAUCCAAAGAAUGACCAAGAACUAGCUGUUGGAAUAAUGCAGAAGAUAGACAACAGUCAUAUUGGAUUUGAUAUGUCUGAUGAAUGUGUCUCUGUCAAAAAACCAGAAAAGGAAGAAAAUCCAAAGAAUGACCAAGAACUAGCUGUUGGAAUAAUGCAGAAGACAGACAACAGUCAUAUUGGAUUUGAUAUGUCUGAUGAAUGUGUCUCUGUUAAAAAACCAGAAAAGGAAAAAAAUCCAAAGAAUGACCAAAAACUAGCUGUUGGAAUAAUACAGAAGAUAGACAACAAUCAUGUUGGACCAUAUAACUCUGUGCCAUCUGUUGAAUCAACUUCCUCUUCAUGGAUCAAGGCAUCUGACAAUAAAAAACAGAAUGACUUGGACCUUUUGAGCGAGUUUAUUACUCUGAGAAGUAAAUACAAGACUUUUGCUUCAGAUGCCGAAGUCACAGGCCAUGACGAAAACAGUGAAUUUCAAGAUGAAGAAAAGUGUGCUCUGACUUGUCAAGAAGAAAGUCCUGUUGUUUCUAAUAACAAAACUCCAAAGGAGAGAAGUCAAGAAAGAACAGAUGAUGUCAUUGAGAUUCAGGCAUCAGACACCCAGUGCCAAGCAUACUGUCUCCUAGAAGCAGCCGCGACUCCCGUCUUAAACAAACUUGUGUGCCUCUGCACUUACCCUGCUGCUAAUUGGAAAUUUGCCACCGUCAUAUUUGACCAAACAAGAUUCUUCUUAAAGGAACAAGAAAAGAUAAUAAAUGAUGCUGUUCACCAAGAUAAAAAUGAUGACAGAGAAAUAACAUUCAGGCAUGCUGCUCUCUUACAUCUCCUGGUAACAAUUAGAGACGUCCUUUUAACAUGCAACUUGGAGACAGCAUUAGGAUAUUUGUCGAAUGCAAAAGAUAUCUACAAAAGUGUGUUAGACUCCUGCUUGGAUAACAUUUGGAGACAGCUGAAAAUUUUACAGUUUAUUACGGAAAAAAGGCCUAAAACCAACUAUAAGAUCCAAGAAUUGCAAUGUCAGAUACUAAGCUGGUUGCAAAGUCAACAACAAAUUAAGGUACUGAUUAUAAUAAGAAUGGACUCAGAUGGAGAAAAGCAUUUGCUUAUUAAAACCCUUAAGAAAAUAGAAGGUUUAACAUUGACUGUUUUACAUUCAAAUGAGAGAAAAGAUUUUCUGGAAGCUACUGGUGUUUUAAAAGGUACCAGUUCCUGUGUGGUUGUGCAUCAUCACAGUAUCAGAGCAGAUUUCCCCUGGAGCAGCUUCUCACUCGUGGUGGAGUACAAUCACGUGGGACACUCUUGCUGGGCCAGGCACUGCCAGCAGCUGAGUAUACCUUUCCUGGCCUUCAAAGUCGUCGUUCCAGACACAGCUCUGAAUAGAAACACCUUGCUGGAUAGAUUUGGUGGGUUUCUCUUGGAGAUUAAGAUCCCAUACAUAUUUUUUGCAUCUGAAGGAGUGCUUAAUACCCCAGAAAUACUCCGGCUGCUGGAAUCUGACUAUAAUAUCACACUAGUGGAGAGAUGCUGCUGUGAGUCACUGAAACUGUUUGGAAGCACAGAGCGUUAUGUAGUAGUCACAGUUGAUGAGCAUACUGCUGUAGUUAUGCAGGACCUAGAAGAAUUACAUUAUGAGAAGGCAUCAGAUAAUAUCAUUAUGAGAUUAAUGGCAUUGUCAUUCCAAUAUAGCUGUUGUUGGAUAAUACUAUAUCCCAAGGAAACAUUAAAUUCAGAGUACCAUCUCACAGAGAAGACACUCCAUCACCUCGCACAGAUUUACGCAGCUUUGGUUUCCUCUGGUCUUAAAUCUGAAGAACUGGAUGUAAAGCUUAUAAUUGCCCCAGGAGUAGAAGAGACAGCUUUAACAAUUCGACAAAUUGCAGACCACAAUUUAAUGACGUCGAAGAGAGAUCCUCAUGAAUGGUUGGAUAAAUCCUGGGUUGAAGUUUCACCGUCUAAGGAAGAAAUGAGCCUCCUUGACUUCCCGUGCAUUAAUCCACUGGUGGCUCAGCUCAUGUUACAUAGAGCACCUUCCCUGCACUGGCUGCUGAGAGCAACACCCACUGAGCUUCAGGAACUCCUGCCCCAGGUUCCCAGCAAGGUUCUGAAGCAUUUUUGUAGCAUCACUUCCUUAUUCAAGAUUAAUUCUUCCUCCAUGACAAUGUCACCUCGAAUGUCAUCACUUCAGGAGGAUAUGAAUGAAACUGGUCCCUUUAUUUCUCAGAGUUCAGCUCCUAUCAUUCAGGAACAUGAGGAAUAUUAUUCCUAUGAAGACUCGAAAGAGACAGUGCAGGACAGCACAAGCUCUUCUCUUAUGGAACUAAGAGAAACACUGAGCAUGUUGCCAUCUGCAGCAUCUCACAGUCAGACCAGCUACUGGAAAGACUCCAUUUGUGGUCCUAACACAGUGCACAAUAACCCUUUUCUAAUUAAUAACGAAUCAAAGAAAGUGACUUGGCAUUCCUUUCCAAGUCAGGAUGAUUCAGAAUCAGGUGUCUUUUCUUUGGGCCUAACACAAAUAAAUUGUGAACCUGAAAUGUCACCAGCUGAUACUCAGAGGAGAGUUACUCAUAAUUUUGUUAAUUAUCCUAAAGCAAAAGGAAGCAGAAACAUGCAAGUGUCCACCCCUGUGUUUUUACCAGAGGGCUCUCAAUCCCACCUUUGUUGGGACUUUAAAAACCAUGGUGACAGGAAACAGACUUAUUCAUUCAAUUCAAGCUGUGGAGCAGAACAGAUCUCCUACGACAAAUGGUACCCACAAAACAAUGACUUACCCAGUAAUCAGCCAGAGUGUCUGUCGGCUAAAUUGGAACACUUCACAUACAGAAAUUCAAACGCUGGCACUGACAAGACCUUUUGGAGAGAACUGCCAUCUGUCCCCAGCUGGAAUUCAUUCUGUGCUUCUGAUUCUAAUAUAAACCAAAGAGGAUUCAAUGGCCUUAAUUUCUACCAAAGGGCUGGGAACCACUUAGGACAGAGAAGACUCCCUGUGUCUUCAUCUAACUGGGGAGAUUAUGAAACACCAACAGGCUUAAUGUACUCACAAGUACCACAACCCAAAAAACAACGACUAACGUAUGAAAAAGUCCCUGGAAGAGUGGAUGGACAAACCCGGCUGAAGUUUUUAUGAAGAACAGAAAGGACAAUGCCACAUGCCAGAUUCAAUUUUUUUUUUCUUUUUUGGUUUUUUGA